GUUAAUAGUCGCGAUACCGUCAAUGAAGCGAUCGCUAAAAUAACUUACAAUUGUUUCCUUUUCACUCGGCGUAAAAUUCGGACCCCAGCGCGCGCUGCAGCAGAGGAGCGGGAAUCAGUGCUCAUCGGCAGCGGCAUCAAUGUGGAGGCCUACGUCAACUCGCAGCGGCGUCAACGCUGCCGCCAGACACGCAGAGACCCAAGCAGUUCUCGGUCUCUCUGUUCCGCCUCGUGUGGCAACAGUUUGAGGUGCGGCUGGACCGCUGCCACAUGUUCACGUGCCCAAUUUGCGGCCGUGCGCCGCGUUCCCUUAUCUGCAACGCAACGGUGAUCACCUUCCUCGUCCAGUUCUACCGCGGCACGCCCCUCACUACACAGGCCGCGCCCCUCAGUGACGCCAUCGGCAUGCGUGCGCACAAGCGUGCGCACAAGCGUGUGGAUCGGUGCUGGUGCCCGGAGAAGAAGGGGAGUGCGGCGGUGCGGGGCUUCAGCAGCGCUCUGCGGGGCGAUGGCAGGGACGUGUACGGUCAGAGCGUACCGAGCUGGGUGGCAGCGGCGGACAGCGCCAAGCAGCACAGCUCGCCAGCGGCACUGGGCGCCUUGAAUGAGAGCGUACCGGAGGCCGACCGCAGUGCCAGCCUUACCGUCGGGUUCAUGCGCAUUGUCUCAGGCGCCGCUAAUGCUGUGGGUGGCGCCCAGGCUCCUCGGCUCGCGGUCGCCUGUGCGUGCGCGGAUGUGGUCGAGAGCCAGCAGCACCACCAGCCGCAUACAAUCGCACCGGCGCUGGGCACCCAUGCGAAGGUGGUGGCGGACGGCGCGCCUGUCCUGUUGGAGGCGCUUGCUGUGCUUUAACGGCAUGCACCACUCGUUACGGCCGAUGCCAUGCGGCCUGUUGCCACGGUGCUGCGCAAGCUGUGCCAGCUGGCGAUCUUGUGCAGGUCGGGGUUUGAUGGCAGGCCGUGUGUCAGCUUGCCUGGCCCGGCAUCAGCAGAGACAGAUGAGUGCCUGCGCUCAGCACACUGGUGCGGGCUUUGGGUUUGUGCGGCCACGGUAUGAGUCGGGCAUGGACAAGAGAAGCGGGCUGGCGGGGGUGGAUCCUGCACGCAUAACUUCAGCGCGCGGGGCCCACGGACUGGCGGGAUCUUCAUCGUGUUUUGUGAGCAUGGGGUGUGCUAUGCAUCCUUUAUGCUGCCGUGCGCGGAAGGGCGGAAUGAGAUGUACAGCUGGAUGGUGUCGUACCUAGAGCGCGCGCCAGCGGUGGUGGUCUACGACUUUGCAUGCAGCCUGCACGACUACUGCGUAAACCGCGCGCCGGCAUUCUUUAUGACACGCUGUUUGUGGUAGACCGCUUUCACUGGAGCAAC